ACUCGGAUGUCGGCCGUGGGUUUUCACGUUCGUAGCCCAUGAAUCAUGACUCGUCUCACCAUCCAGUCGUGGAAACUACUGAAUCCAAUCCUGCCCGGCGCCUAAUUACUCCAUCGUACCAACAGCUGCUCUCUCACCUUCUAACCUCUUUUCCGCCUCAACCUAAUUCGAUCGCUCUGACAUGUGAUGCCGCGUCAUAUUGCGCCGCCCCACCGCCUGCCUUCCUGGCGCCUUCCACAUGACUCCUGCAAUCGUUAGUUGACCACUUACCUGACUCUUCCAAUUCUUGUCCAUGCAUUACUCAGCACUUAACGUCCAACUGUCGAACAUAUCACGGCUGUUCUGUCGGCAAGUGAUGGACCUCUGGAAGCCAGUGAUACAGUUGCGAGACACAGUUGCAGGCUUGCUUAUUCCAUUUUCGGAGCGCUGCGUUGCCAACGCUAUUGGCACGUGACCGCGGACAAAGAAAGUUACCAGAGCCUCCGGC